CCGAGCGCCGCGCCCUUGCCCGGCUCCAUGUCGGCGUGGCUCGGCCGGGCGGCGCUGCUGCUGGGGCGGCCGGGGGGCCCCGCCGGUGCCGCCGCCGCCACUGUGCCCUGGUCCUGCCUGGGCUCGCUGCGGGGCCCGCGGUGCUGCUGCCGCCGCCGCCUGUGCAGCCUGCGCGGCGGCGCCGAGGGGCUGCUCCUGCCGCGGGGGUCGCGGGCGCUCGGCACCCAUCCCAAGAAGGAGCCGAUGGAGGCGCUGAACACGGCGCAGGGGGCCCGCGACUUCAUCUACAGCUUGCACUCCACCGAGCGGAGCUGCCUGCUGCGGGAGCUGCACCGCUUCGAGUCCAUCGCCAUCGCCCAAGACCCCAUAUCAGCUAGGGGAAGCUGUCAGCAAUAUGGGGAGACCUGGGCACAUCAAGAACCAAAUGGGGCAAGUCCCUCAGCCCAUUCCCAGGCCUACCACCAGAAGGAUGCAGUUCCAUCAACUAAUUGCCCUAGCGCGAAAUAUGACAGGACACACUAUCUGUGGCCUCCGCUAAUGGCAGAGGCUGCGGGGAAACCCAUCCCUUGCUGCGGCCGCUACGCUGAAGGACAGUCCUCAGAGAAGUUGGAGGUUGCACCACCAUCUCCAGGACAACUGAGACAUGUGUUCUUCCACAAUGCAUUACCUUUUGUAGGGUUUGGAUUUUUGGAUAACGCAAUUAUGAUUGCUGCGGGAACCCAAAUAGAAUUGUCAAUUGGAGUUGUCUUAGGAAUUUCAACUAUGGCAGCUGCAGCUUUAGGAAACCUUGUUUCAGAUUUAGCUGGACUGGGUCUUGCAGGUUACGUAGAAGCUUUAGCCUCACGACUGGGUCUGUCGAUCCCUGACCUGACACCCAAACAAGCUGACAUGUGGCAAACGCGUCUCAGUGCACAUUUGGGUAAAGCUAUUGGAGUGACCAUUGGCUGCAUAUUAGGAAUGUUUCCUUUGUUGUUCUUUGGCGAGGAGGAAGAAAAACUGGAAGAAAAAUAAUGACCUUUUUACAAGACAUAUACAAAUGUAAACUACUGUACCUCAAUUAUUCAAUUAUGCUGUCAAUAUUUAGGAAUUAACAGACAGUAAAAAAUGUAUAGACUUGGGAACAAAACCUUCAGCAUGUCGUUUUAUGGAAACACUAAUUUAUUGUGGCUUUGUUGUGUUCAGUACUUCUUUUUAUAUCAUCUAACUUUUUAUUUAAUUGUAAAUUUUUGCAGUGUUUUCACUUAUGGCAAGAUGUUUACCACUUUCCCCUUAGAUCUUAUUCUUUAAUGGAUUAUUACUUCAGUAAUAAUCCACCAUGGAUGACAGUACCACUCUUGAGUUGCAUAUUGGUUGCUUAACAGUUGUAAUUGCAUGACAGAAAUAUCACUGGUGUUCAUCAGGUCCUUCAAUGCAGAUUAUUAUGGAGGUCAUUGAUGAGUAAUUUGAAGUCCCUUAUUUUGCAAGAUGACUGGUUGCCCCUCACUAGCCAUCAUUUUGCACUGCCUUUAGAUUAGUUAUUUCAGUGAUCUUUGACAGUAUAGUUUGCAUUUUUUUUCCCCAAUUCUGACUAAGUGUCUCUGAAUUGUCUUCUGAGAUGAUCAUGUUGAUGCUUUGACAAGGUAAGUGUUUCCAGUAUAGGGUCUCUACCAAGUCCAUUU